UAAAAGAAUUCGAUUAGAAACUGCUGUUGAGUGGAGAGUCUCUCCUAUAAAAGCCCCCUCUGUAUCGUCACAACAGAAGCACAACAUAAUGAAAGGCGAAAUGGCUCUUCUUGCACCCAAACAUUCUCUCCUUCUCCUCCUCCUCCUCCUCCUCUUCCAAGUUAUCUUCUCCACCAUUACCGCCGCCAACGCGGAGCUCACGACUCGCUUCUCCGAGCGUCCCCACAAGAAGAAGCUCAAGGAGAAGCUGAGCCAUCUCCACUUCUACUUCCACGACAUCGUCCGCGGCAAGAACAUAACGGCGGUGCCCGUCACCGCCCCGUCGCGAAGCGCGGGCUCUCCGGCGUCGGCCUUCGGCGUGAUAACCAUCAUGGACGAUGCGCUGACAAUGGGCCCGGAGCCGACGUCGGCGCCCGUGGGCCGGGCCCAGGGGAUGUACGCGUGCGCGGCGCUCCAGGAUCUGGGAUUCCUGCAGGCCAUGAACCUGGUGUUCACGGCGGGCACGUACGACGGCAGCGUCCUCACCGUGCUCGGUCGCAAUGCCCCGCUCCACGCCGUGCGAGAGAUGCCCGUCGUCGGCGGCAGCGGCCUCUUCCGCUUCGCCCGCGGCUACGCCGUUGCGCGGACCCACGACUUCGACGCGGCCACGGGGAAUGCCGUCGUGGAGUACAAUGUUUACGUCAUGCACUACUGAAAUCUAGUUCGUAAAACACACUCAAAAUAAAUUUUAAUUGAAGUAUAAGAUAUGACAGAGCUGUAUCAAUAAUUAAGUAGCGCCCAGAAUAAGUGGUCCAUCAGGUUCACAUGAUUAUGAUUUUUUUUCUUGUUUUACCCCUUGUCUGGAACGUGUACGAUUUUGUGGUCCUUUGUUUGGCUCCCAAGGAUUAAUUACAUUGUUUGAUGCAUUAACCUGUAAAUUUUUGGUCGCCUGCUUCA